AUGUUAACCGGCAAUCAUCCAAUCCUAUUUACUCUCGGAAUAAGAAUAUGUUUAUUAGAAAAUCAUGGACGAGAAAAUAAACAAUUAAUUAAAAUAACUCCUCUAUUUAAUCCGAUAAUUCAAUGGGAAUUUACUGGACAAGAAAAUAUUUUUAUAGAUUAUGAUCAACAAAAUCCCGUUUAUUUAAACAAUAAAAGCUCUAUAAUUUUUAAAAUUCAUGACACAAAUUUUGAAUUAAUAAAAUUGGAAGCUUUUCUAAAUUCAGACAAACUAAAGAAUUUUUUUACAAAAUUUAAUCGAAAAAAUGAAAAAAAUAAAUUUAAAAAACUUUUUGUCGAUCCAGAAGGGAUUUACCGUCAAAAACAAUUUUUGGGAUUUAAUGAAUAUCCAAAUAUUGAAAUUUGUGGAAAAAUGAAUUUUAAUAGACCAAAAAAAUAUUUGUUGAAAAUUGAAAGAUUUGGAAGAGAUUAUUGUAAAAAUAAUGGAUUUAAUAAUAAAUUUCUAUUUGAGUUAAUUUUGACAAAUAAAGGUAUUAAUUUCGUUAUUUGGAUAGUUUUGUUAAGUAAAUAUUAA